UCAGCAGGAGACGCAAGUGGAGACCAGACGCAGGUGGAGACCAGACAGCCCAAGGUGACUCCUCUUUCCAAGAGAAGCUUUCCAGGGAACGGAGCGAUGACUUGGAUUUUGUUUUUCAACAUAUUGUUUUUUCUGGGGUUGAAAUCUUGACUUUGUUUAUUUUUCCUCUUCUUUUGUCUUCUCUGCUUGCCCUCACCCUCGUUAGAAAGACAGGUUUUGUUUUUCUGCUUCUUUUAUUCUUCUUCUUCCAACUGUUUGUUUUCCGACCAUGGGAGCCAAACGAGACAACUAGAACAUCUUGUUUCAGCAGACAGAACCAACUCCGGAGCGUGAGAGCGGAUCUUAACGUUCUGAGAGCCACCGGACAGUUCUAGAAGGACGAGAGAGGAAUGGGAAAAUGAGACAGGCGCACCUCCACUGUAGCUGCCACCACCGUCACCACCGCAGCAACGCCAGCGCGCAACCAUGACAACCGCGGAAACGAGCGUCCCGACCCUCAACUCCUCCUCUUCCUCCGCCCACGUCCCGUCCUCCUGCAGCAUCGACGAGUCCUACAAGUACAUCUUCCUGCCCAUCUGCUACUCCUUCACCUUCCUCUUCAGCAUCUCCCUCAACUCCAUCGUCCUCUUUCGUUCCUUCCGACGAACCAAGCCCUGGAACGCUUCGCUCAUCUACAUGGUGAACCUGGCCUCCACGGACUUCAUGUACGGCCUCUCCCUGCCCUUCCUCAUCGCCAGCUACAUGAUGAGGGACAACUGGGUGUUCGGGGACUUCAUGUGCCGCCUGGUGCGCUUCCUGUUUUACUUCAACCUGUACUGCUCCAUCUUCUUCCUCACCUGCAUCUCCGUGCACCGUUACCUGGGCAUCUGCCACCCCAUGAGGACCAUCACCAUGGAGACCAAGAGGGCCGUGAAGGGGACCUGCGUCCUGGUCUGGGUAGUGGUGUUCGCCCUUACCUGCCCCAUCUUCCGAUUCGCCAAGACGGGUCACAUGACCAGGGAGAUGGGCUCGGCGGUGACGGUGAACGGCGACCCGCACGCGGGCAACCACGGCAACGGGGUGGAGGCGUUCCAGAACUGCUGGGACGACGCCAUCGACAGGGAGUUCUCGGAGUACGUUCCGUACGGGAUCAUCCUCCACCUGCUGGGGUUCUUCCUGCCGUUCUCCAUCAUCGCCUGGUGCUACUCGCACGUGGUUCUCACCAUCUUCAGGACCCUGCGGUCUCAGGGUCCCGCCGCCACGCCUGGGGGAGGGAGAGCGGGGGCAGGGGGGGGGAGGCGAGACAACGUGAUAGGGGGAGGAGGAGGAAGGGAUGGGAUGUCGAUCAUCCUGGGUGCGCACUCCCCUUACGCCCACCGGCGUCGCAAAUCCAUCAGGACCAUCAUCACCAUCACCCUCCUCUUCGCCCUGUGCUUCUUCCCAUUCCACGUGACGCGCACCAUCUUCCUCAUCCUCAAGGUGACGAAGAGGGUGCCCUGCCAUACCAUGACCAUGGUCUCCAUGUGCUACAAGAUCACCCGGCCUCUGGCCUCCUUCAACGCGUGGCUCAACGCCCUCCUCUACUUCCUCACCAAGGAGAAGAGCGCCCCCUGCUGCCACCCCCCUGACACCACCACCACCCCCCAUGCCGCCAGGGGCAACGCCCACGGCAACCACAACAACCAUCACCACGACAACUACCACAAGCACAGCCUGCUGUGGUCUCUGAGGAUGAUGGCUGGGCUGGGCAACGAGGAAGGGGGGGAGGGGGGUGGAGGAGAGGUGGAGGUGGAGGUGGAGGAGGGGGUGAACGGGAAGAAGAAGGAGAAAAAGAAGGUAAGGACUCCGGUAUAUCUACACAAAGCCUUACCUAAAGUCAAGUUCACGGUAGAAUAAACUGGAAUGUCGUGACGACUUCCGAAUGAAGGGAUUCCGGCAUUCUAAGGCUCGGAACAUCCUCAUUGGCUGACAAGGGUCUGCAUCCUGGUUCUUGUUGUGGUGUGUAAAACAUUGACGGGUAGAACAACUUGAAUCCUCAAUGUGAGGAGUUGAAGAGAGGGGUGUGGCCAGUGAUAAUCUGUGGGCGUGUACUGUAUCUUUUGGAAGAUGACUCACUGGCAACGGAAGAGAUUUUAGUCGAUCUCAUUGAACGUUUUACCUCAGGUUAAUAAUGACACUAGGUGAUGGUCACAAACAUGUUUGAUGUUUCAAUGACAUGUGCGCAACUUUGUGUUUCUCUGUUUGACUGAUCUUGGUGUUAAAAAGUACGAUAUUUCCUGUUUAACUUGUUCCUGCCUGUUAUUUUGACCAUGUGUGACACACUUACUGGAUUAAACAUGAUGAAU